AACGACCUUGAGAUCUCUAAUUGACGCCCUUCAUACCUGUCAAGAUGUUCACACAAACUGUCCGCGCUUCGGUAUGCUAUAUUCUCAGCUCAAAAUGUCAAAUUACUAACCACCAAAGCGCUCUCAAAUCGCCCGCGUUGCGAGGCAGCAAAUGAUCAGCAAACGAACUUUCAUCGUUCCAACUGCUGUUCGUCGUGGUAUGUUGAUAAUUUUAUUUACAAGUAACAUCUAGGCUUUAAAUCACUUUAGAUGUGAUCGACUUUAUUCGCAGCAAUAUCUACCACUCAGAAGCUAAUUCCGAUCAAUAGCGGACCUUGUCCAAGAUCUUUACCUUAAGGAAUUGAAGAGUUACAGAGCUCCCCAGAUUAAGGCUUCUGAUUCCGAAGGACACGUUCUCAAGUUCUCCCCACCUAAGGCUCCUACAUCUCCAGAAGAAACCGAUAUUGCAAAGGAAUUGGCAGCAUAUGAGGCAAGCACAGUUGAGGUAGAGGGACAAGCUGAGGGAGGAGCUGAGGCUAAGGAGAUUGAUUGGUUUGAGGAGGAACCUGAGGAGGAGGCUGCACACCACUAGAUUACGAAAUGAUACCGGGAUGAAAUCUUUAAGUUACGUGGUAGAAUAAAAGUUGCGGAUGCGAUGAAGGUGCGGGGAAUGUGUACACAUAGCGAGGUGAUAGAAUGAAGUGCGGAUUGUACAGUCAUCAAACACCUAAUUCGAAAGAAGAAUCGAUCGACUGGAUAAUCACCUGCAGCAUAGGAUGCUCUUCCAAUAUGUCCAGAAAGCGAAUUAUGAUUCUCUUAUUGGGAAGUGGAUUGGCUACUAGGUGUUUGUUUCGGUCCCCUCACAUUUAGCAUGGAAGACUUUCAAGCCAAGUGGCCGGAAU